UAACUUGUGGAAUAGAGAAGUCGAAGGACAAACUGUGCAGUCCAAGGGGCAGCAGUAUGGGCGGUCGAGGCAAGUCUCGUACUCAACGAAAGCAUUUCCGGCAGAGCUCAGAGAAUGUAUGGAAGCGUUCAAAACCCGAUCCUUCUUCUCAAGACCCUGACUCUACUGAUAAUCUAAAUCCAACUUGGACUCCCUUCGCCACUCAGAACUCUGCUUUUGAUGAGUAUUACAAAGAGCAGGGCAUAGUGCCACCAGAAGAUUGGGAUGCUUUCGUCGCAGUUCUCAGAACUCCAUUGCCUGCUAGCUUCAGAAUUAACGCUUGUAGCCAGUUUUCUGCUGAUCUUAGAUCGCAAUUGGAGGAUGAUUUUGUGCAAACUCUUCAGGCUGAGGUUGCUGAAGGGGAUGAGGCAGAGGCCAUUAAACCUUUGCCAUGGUAUCCUGAGAAUCUUGCUUGGCACUCAAACUUCUCCCGUAUGCAGCUGAGGAAGAAUCAAACGCUUGAGAGGUUCCAUGAAUUCUUAAAGCUAGAAAAUGAAAUUGGAAAUAUUACAAGACAGGAAGCUGUCAGCAUGGUGCCUCCCCUCUUCUUGAAUGUGCAGCCAAAUCAUUUUGUGCUUGAUAUGUGUGCGGCACCAGGUUCGAAAACAUUCCAAUUGCUUGAGAUUAUAUACCAAUCAACUAAACCUGGAUCACUUCCCAAUGGAAUGGUGAUAGCAAAUGAUCUUGAUGUUCAAAGAUGUAAUCUUCUCAUCCACCAGACAAAAAGGAUGUGCACAGCCAACCUCAUCGUCACUAAUCAUGAAGCUCAGAACUUCCCAGGCUGUCGUUUAGUCAGAAAUCAUGAAUCAUUGGAACCAGAGCGGCAUAUGGGCCAACUUUUAUUUGAUUGCAUUCUCUGUGAUGUUCCGUGCAGUGGAGAUGGAACCCUUCGCAAGGCACCUGAUCUUUGGAGGAAAUGGAAUAUUGGAAUGGGCAAUGGGCUUCAUAGCCUACAAGUUCUAAUAGCUAUGCGAGGCUUAUCUUUACUUAAAGUUGGCGGAAGAAUGGUCUAUUCCACCUGCUCAAUGAAUCCAAUUGAGAAUGAAGCUGUGGUUGCAGAGGUUUUACGGAGGUGCGGAGGAUCUGUUGAACUUGUUGAUGUCUCAAAUGAGCGCCCCCAGCUUUUGCGCCGUCCAGGUCUCAAGAAAUGGAAGGUGCGUGACAGGGGCGUGUGGUUGUGUUCCUAUAAAGAUGUUCCCAUGUAUCGAAGAAGUGCAGUUCUUCCCAGCAUGUUUCCUUGUGGAAAAAAUUGUCAGGACCUUGUUGACAGUAAUCACAAGGUGGAAAUGGGAGAUGAUAAUGAUAAGGGUGUUUGUGGAAACUCUGAAGAUGGCAAUCAAGCAGCAGAGAAUCCUGGAACAUAUAAGUUUACUGAGGAAGUAUCUGAUUUACCACUAGAGCGUUGCAUGAGGAUUGCACCUCAUGAUCAAAACACUGGAGCUUUCUUUAUUGCGGUACUGCAAAAGGUUUCAGCUCUUCCAGCAAUUCCUGCUCCAGAAAAAACAAAAGAUGGAAUUCCUAAGCAGGAUGGAGAACCAGAGAACCAGGAUAUUGAGGAUUCAAAAGUAUUGCAGGUCGAGUCAUUAGAAAAUACACCUGAGGAAGCUUUGGAAGUAGUUACUGUAAUCGAUAACAAACCCAACACAGAUGUGGAAACUAGUCAUUCUGGUGCAUGUUUAGAAGAGGAUUCAGAGGAAGGGCAAAAGCCUCUUAAAACAGAAAGCAUAGUAAAAAUGACUCCAGGAAAAAGAAAGCUGCAGAUUCAAGGCAAGUGGAGAGGCGUUGAUCCUGUUUUCUUUUUCAGAGAUGAAGUCACUAUUAACAGCAUAAAGGAUUUUUAUGGUAUUGAUGAAAGGUUUCCAUUCAAUGGUCAGCUUGUCACUAGAAACAUUGAUAGAGGCCGUGUGAAAAGAAUUUAUUAUGUCAGCAAGUCAGUCAAAGAUGUUCUUGAACUGAAUUUCUCAGUCGGGCAGCAACUCAAAAUAGCAUCUCUUGGUUUGAAGAUGUUUGAAAGACAGACAUCAAGAGAAGGAUGCUCAGCACCAUGUGCUUUCCGAAUAUCAUCUGAAGGAUUGCCUCUUAUUUUGCCAUACGUUACCAAGAGGAUUCUUCAUGCAUGUCCUGGAGACUUCCAGCAUCUUCUGCAGUACAAAACAAUAAAAUUUGCGGAUUUUGUUGAUGCUGAGUUUGGCAAAAAGGCAGAAAACCUAACGCCAGGGUAUUGUGUGAUAGUUCUGAGUAAAGGGAAAAGAGAACCACCAGAAUUGGUUCACGUGGAAGAGUCUACCAUAGCCAUUGGAUGCUGGAAAGGCAGGGCCAGUUUGACUGUGAUGGUUACUGCAAUGGACUGCCGGGAACUGCUCGAGAGACUUCUAGUGCGCUUUGACACAGAAAAUGGUUCCUCCGUGCAUGAGAACAGGCCCUCCAAUAAUGCUGUUGAUGAAGCGCAGGGCCCUAACGGCAUCGAUGACUCAGAAGCUCCUAACGGUGUCGAUGACUCAGAAGCUCCCGGAGGCGACAAUACCUAAUAGGUUUGCGUACAUGCUUGUAUGAGUGAAAUUAGCGUAACUUAUCAGUAGCUCCAUCAAUUGAUGUAAAACAUGCAUGGUUAUAGGUUACGUAUUGCUUCAAAGAAAUUGUUUCUUCAGCAUUGCUUUGAUACGGAUGAGGUUUAAGGUGAAAGUUGCCAUGUGGUUAAUUUGUUGUCGGAGUAUGAUUGACAGUAACACGUGAUAUACCCGCACAUGAGUGGAGGAGUUAAAGAUACUUAUUUUGGUCUA